CCGUGUUGCUGUUUCCCAGCGGCCUGUUGUUGCGCAGCCGCAGGAGGAAGAAGCGCCACCGCGUCGCCGCCGCCGCCGAGGAGAAGCAGAGCAGCGCGGACUUUUCCAGAUGGGGGACAGUGAUGAUGAAUAUGAUCGCAGGAGAAGGGACAAGUUUAGACGAGAGAGGAGUGACUAUGAUCGGUCAAGAGAAAGAGAAGAUCGACGCAGGGACGACUGGAAUGAGAGGGAGUGGGACAGAGGCAGAGAACGCCGCAGCCGUGGUGAAUAUCGGGAUUAUGACCGAGGUCGGAGGGAGAGAUUUACCCCUCCCAGGCAUGACAUGAGUCCCCACCAGAAACGCAUGAGAAGAGACUGGGAUGACCAUGGUGGAGACCCGUACCAUGGGGGGUACGACUUGGGAUAUGGCGGUGGAGGAGGGCCUAGUUAUGGGCCACCACAACACUGGGGUCAUCCAGACCUGCACCUUAUGCAGCCUCAUCAGGGCAUCCCCAUCCAGGCAAGGCUUGGUAACAUUCAUGACAUGGACUUGGGUCCUCCCCCUCCAAUAAUGAAGACCUUUAAGGAGUUUCUGCUGUCCUUAGAUGAUUCAGUGGAUGAGACGGAAGCAGUCAAGCGAUACAAUGAGUACAAGAUCGACUUUCGUCGGCAACAGAUGCAAGAGUUCUUUUUGGCUCAUAAAGAGGAAGAGUGGUUCAGGUCCAAAUACCACCCUGAUGAAGCCAAACGGCUUCAGGCAGAGGCCCAGAGCGCCCUGCGCAAUCGCCUGAAUGUCUUUGUGUUCCUGAUGGAGAAUAGUUGGUUUGACAAUGUCUCACUGGACAUCGAACAGACCCCGGCCAUCAUCAAGGUUCUGGAUGCAGCGGUGAUAAAAAUGGAAGGAGGGACAGAUCACGAUCUUCGCAUCUUGGACAUGCCGCCUGAAGAAGAAGAAGACCGAGAGAAACCUGGAUCUGUUUCAGGAGGACCUGAACCUUUAAAGAAAGAAGAUAUCAAAUCCUUGCUCGGAGAUCGCAAACCAUCAGUGGAGAAGGAUAAAACCAACAAGCAGGAGGAGGGUGACGCUGUCAACGCAGACAAGAUCAGUGCAGCCGAUGGAGAGGACGUGAAAGAGGAGGCAGAGAAGGAAGCUGUCAAAGAAGAAAUGCCUGAGCCUAAGAAGGCAAGAAGAAAGAGGAAACGCAGUGGCGACAGCGAUGAUGAAGCCAGCGCCUCAGAGAGUGACUCGGAGUCGGACUCUGAUUCUAACUCCAACUGCUCUGACAAACCGGAGAAGAAAGAAGAAGAGGAAGACAAAGAUGUGGAGGAAGAGGAGGGUGAAGAAGAGAAACCAAAGGAGAUAUCUGAGGAGGACAAAAAUGAGGAGAAGAAGCCCAAAGAUGACUCCCCCAGACCCCGGCCUCUGCACAAAACCUGCUCUCUGUUCAUGAGGAGCAUCGCUCCCACCAUCUCCAAAGCUGAGAUUGUUGCUUUGUGUCGGCGAUACCCUGGGUUUCUGCGUGUCUGCUUGUCCGACCCUCAUCCAGACCGCAGGUUUUUCAGACGUUGCUGGGUGACAUUUGACCGAAGCAUCAAUAUCAAAGAAGUCUGCUGGAACCUCCAGAACAUACGUCUGCGAGACUGUGAACUGGCGCCGGGGGUGAACAGGGAUCUGGCUCGGCGGGUGCGUAAUGUGAACGGUAUCACUCAGCACAAGCAGGUACUCCGCAACGACAUCAAGCUGGCUGCCAAACUCAUUCAUGCUUUGGAUGAAAAAGGAGAGCUGUGGAGCAUUAAAGCACCAGACGAGGUGCAGAGUGCUGAGUUGCCAGCUCACAACCCCAUCCUGAAGAACAUCACCGACUACCUGAUAGAGGAAGUGAGUGCAGAGGAGGAAGAGCUCUUGGGCUCUGGUAGCGGUAUGGAGCCUGAGGAGGGCACUAAGGAGGGAAAUCCUACUGAAACAACUGUGGAGAGGGAUGACAAGCUGGCCAAGGUUUUGGACCGUUUGAUCUUGUAUCUGCGGGUUGUGCAUUCACUGGAUUACUACAACACGUGUGAAUACCCGAGUGAAGAUGAAAUGCCUAAUCGCUGUGGCAUGAUCCACGUUCGAGGACCCAUUCCUCCCAACCGCAUCACGCAUGGAGAAGUGCAACAGUGGCAGAAGAUGAUGGAGGAGAAGUUGAUGCCAUUGUUCAGUUUAAAAGAAGUGCUUUCUGAAGACGAGGCUUCCAAGAUGGGCCGCAAAGAUCCCGAGGAGGAAGUGGAAAAGUUUAUUUCUGCCAACACUCAAGAGCUGGGGAAGGACAAAUGGCUCUGUCCUCUGAGUGGCAAGAAAUUUAAGGGUCCAGAGUUCGUCAGAAAACACAUCCUCAACAAACACGGAGACAAAAUUGAAGAAGUGAAAAAGGAGGUUACUUUCUUCAACAACUUCCUGAUGGAUGCUAAGAGGCCGUCGCUGCCGGAGAUGAAGCUUCCUCCUCUUCCAGGUCCAGGGCAAGGUUUACUCUCUCCCACCCUGCCUUUUCCUCCUCAAGGUCCGAUGGGCUUUGGCCAGCCGCGUCCUCCACUGAUGGGCUAUGGUGCCGGUGCACCUCCAUACCCCCCCAACCAGUAUGGGGGAGGCAGAGGCAACUAUGACAACUUCAGGGGACAGGGUGGCUACCUGGGAAAGCCCCGCAACAUCAGAAUGUCACGAGGUGAUCCACGCAACAUCAUUGAGUACCGUGACCUGGAUGCCCCAGAUGAUAUGGACUUCUUUUAGAUUCCCACCGUCACUCUUUACCAGUAUUGUGUUCUGCCUGAUUUUUUUCUUCUUUUUGUUUUUGUAGGUGUUAGAUUGAUAUAUUGAAAAAUAUUUCAUCAUGUAAUUAUUCUGCAACUACAACAUGCUUCUGUACUGCUGUAAACUCAUUCCUCAAUAAAGUUGUGAUCAAAAUUCUUUUACAUGCAUCAUAUGACUCCUCAAGUAUGAAAAAUGCAAACUGGGAGGAAAAAAACAACCCUUCUUGCAUUUUAGUAGAAAUUCAUCCGUUCCUGCGUUUCAGGCCUGCAGCAAACUGAAAAAAUAUUUAUUUAUCCAUUUGUGUUACCAUUUAUAAUGCUGCCAUCCUUCAGACUUAGAUGUUGUGGAGUUGAAGCAGGAAAGAGUUUCAGUAGCUGUUUUUUCUUAAGUUAAUUAUCUCAGGGUUUGGGGUCGUUGAUGUCUCGUUUUUCAUUUCAACAUUCCCCAGACAUCCUCUGCUGGGGACACAUCAGGGCAACCGGCAGUCCAGUCAACCGUCUAGUUCCUCAUCCGUGGGAAAGACCUCCCCCUGAAGGCAGCAUGUUUUCUUGAGUAUAAAUGUACUAUUUUUGGGUCGAUACUGAAAUCACAGAAUUGCAGAGGGCCUCGUUUUAGGGUUCUGAUAACUGGACGGUAGUUUUUGUUGGUCCAGAGCACACAGAGCCACGUCUGCUCAGAAGAGAUCUGGAAUACUGAUUUGUCUGACCACAGGACGUGUUUGUACUCUGUGGCGGUCCAUUCGCAACGAUGGGAGACCAGAGAGGCGGGCGAUACCUCCGGACCGGGGUAACCAUGAGCAUCCCCCAGAAUCCACUUGCUUGAGUGGUUGCCUCGGUUUCUCAUAAAUGAUGGGUAUUGAUUUAGUAUCUGAGAGAACGGUGAUCCCAGUCAGCGGCUUUGGCUGGAAACAAUAUCAGAUCCUGUAAACCGUUUAAUGAUAUUGUGCACCGUAGAAGUAGAGUGUGGUCGACGUGUCCAGCCGAACAUUUCUUUCUCUUGUCUUGUUCUCAGGGAUGUUUUCACGCUCUUGAUGGCAAACCAGAGCUUCUCUGUCCGUUUUUGUUCCUUCCAAGGAUCCAGCUCGUGUACAACAUCAGAUGUUUGCAAGAAUGUUCAUUAUAGUUGUGUUUACGGGCCUGAAAUGUAUUUUUGUUGACGUGUGCACACUGGGAUUAGGUUUCGGGUGUAAACUAAAGGAAAUGGAAGCAUGAAACACUGA